AUGCCUCCCAAAUCUAGAUUUACAAGGCUCGAUGCCUUUACCAAAACCGUUGACGAGGCGAGAGUCCGCACAACAUCCGGAGGAAUUGUCACGAUAGCUUCACUGCUCAUUGUCUUGUACCUUGCUCUGGGCGAGUGGAAUGAGUAUAGGAAAGUCGUUGUCCAUCCCGAAUUGAUUGUCGACAAAGGUCGAGGUGAAAAGAUGGAAAUACAUCUAAACAUUACUUUCCCAAAGAUCCCCUGCGAGCUUCUAACACUGGAUGUGAUGGAUGUGUCUGGAGAACAGCAGGUUGGAGUCAUGCACGGCGUGAGCAAGGUCAGGCUGUUACCUGUCGAGGAGGGAGGGCAUGUUAUUGAUAUCAAAGCUCUCGACUUGCAUUCCGAUGACGACAAAGCGCAACAUUUGGACCCCGAAUACUGUGGUGAAUGUUAUGGCGCGACUCCUCCACCAAACGCGCAGAAAGCAGGCUGCUGUAAUACUUGUGAAGAAGUGCGGGAAGCAUAUGCGAGUUCGUCCUGGGCCUUUGGGCGAGGGGAAAACGUAGCACAAUGCGAGCGUGAACAUUACGCCGAACGACUGGACUCUCAGAGAAAGGAAGGAUGCCGCAUAGAGGGAGGUCUGCGAGUCAAUAAGGUCGUGGGGAACUUCCAUAUCGCACCCGGAAGGAGUUUCAGCAAUGGCAAUAUGCACGUACACGAUCUCAAUAACUAUUUUGAUACCCCGGUCCAAGGAGGCCAUGUAUUUUCGCACACUAUCCACCAUCUUCGCUUUGGCCCACAGCUUCCCGAGGAGAUCACCAAGAAAAUGAGCUCCAAGUCACUACCAUGGACCAAUCAUCACGUAAACCCACUAGACGAUACCGAGCAAAUUACGCAUGACCCGGCUUAUAACUUCAUGUAUUUCGUCAAGGUCGUCUCAACUUCUUACCUUCCCUUGGGGUGGGAGAAAGAGAUUUAUGGUCUCAACGCUGGUCAGGACAACGUGGGAAUUGGUUCCUAUGGACACCUGAAUGAUGGCAGCGUUGAGACACAUCAAUAUUCGGUCACUAGCCACCGCAGAAGCUUGAAUGGCGGUGAUGACGCUGCUGAGGGUCACAAGGAGAAAAUCCAUGCACGAGGCGGUAUCCCCGGCGUCUUCUUCUCAUACGAUAUCUCGCCAAUGAAAGUCAUCAAUCGUGAAGAACGAUCCAAGACUCUAACUGGCUUCCUGACAGGACUCUGCGCAAUUGUGGGAGGGACCUUGACCGUUGCAGCGGCCGUUGACCGCGGUUUGUAUGAAGGCACGACACGCUUAAAGAAGCUACAGUCUAAAACUAUGUAA